UCUGGGGGUGCCACCGAGGUGCCACCGAGGUGCCACCAUGUCCCUGCCCUCGGUGUACGGGGACAAACUGGCCGAGAAGCUGACGCUGCUCAACGAGCGGGGCCGGGGGGUCCUCGUGCGCGUCUACAACCUCAAAAAGCAGCACCUGGGCCCGGUGCACAGGGACAGAGGGGACAUCGUGCGGGCGCUGGCUCCCUUCUACCAAACCUUCCUGGACGUCCUGGAGUUCCGGGACCACGUGUACGAGCUGCUCAACACCAUCGACGCCAGCCAGUGCUUCUUCGACAUCCACAUCAACUACGACUUCACCAAGGGCUACCUGGACCUGGUUGUCACCUACGUGUCGCUGGUGCUGCUGCUGGCGCGCGCCGAGGAGCGGCGCCUGCUGCUGGGGCUCUACCACUGCGCGCACGAGAUGAGCCACGGCGCCAGCGAGCCCGGCUUCGCCCGCCUGGCGCAGAUGGUGCUGGAGUACGAGCACCCCCUGAAGAAGCUGCCCGAGGAGUUCGGGCCCCACACCAAGGCCGUGAGCGGCGCGCUGCUGUCCCUGCGGGCCCCGUUCGCGCGGCGCUGCCGGGACGCGGAGCUGUGGCGGCAGGAGCAGCUCCUGAGCCUGCUGGGACCCGCGGGGGACAUGCUGAGCCCGGCCACAAGUGACGGUAUGGCCUGUGAGUACCUGUCCCUGGAGGUGAUGGAGCGCUGGAUCAUCCUGGGGUUCCUGGUGUGCCCGGGUGCCCUGGCCACCCCCCCGUGCCAGGAGCUGUGGCGCCAGGCCCUGCGCGGGUCCCUCUUUGUCACCCUGGUGCGCGACGAGGCCAUCGCGGUGCACAAGGUCACCGAGGAGCUGCUGGGGGGGCUCAAGGGGUGAGACGGGGACACCGCGGAGAUUUAGAGGGGAUUCGGGGAGAUUUUGGGGGAAUUUCGGGAGAUUUUGGGGGGAUUCUGGGAGGUUUUGGGAGGCAUUUGGGAGAUUUUGGGGGGUCCCGACCCCCUGUCCCCACCCCAGGCCCUGCUGGUGUUCGUGGCGCUGUCGCUGUGUCGCGACGAGGUGAGCUGGCUGUCGCGACACGCCGAGCACGUGACCAAGAGUAAGAACCCCGAGGACUUCAGCGACAGCCGCGUGGCGGAGCUGCUGUUCCUGCUGGAGCAGCUGCGGGCUCUGGUGCGGCGGCACCUGCGGCUCCUGCGCCGCUACCACCGGCAGUACCUGGCCCGCUUCGACGCCCUCGUGCUCAGCGACGUCAUCCAGAACCUCUCGGUGUGUCCCGAGGAGGAGUCCGUGAUCCUCUCGUCCUUCGUCAGCUCCCUCUCGGCUCUCUCGGCCAAGGAAGUCGAUGACCAGGAGCAGUUUGACUUCACCGCGCUGCGCCUGGACUGGUUCCGGCUCCAGGCGUACACCAGCGUGGCCAAGGCCGCGCUGCCGCUGGCCUCCAACGGGGACGUGGGCCGUGCCAUGAGCCUGGUGGUGUUCCACACGCGCCUGCUGGACCGGCCCGAGGAGCUGCUGGACGAGACCUCCGACCUGUCCCACCUCUGUUUCCACCCGCGGCCCCUGGAGCGGAUGUUCGCGGUGACGCUGGACGAGCCGUCCAUGCUGCGCUUCGCCAUCGCCUUCCCCCUGCUCUGUGCCCACUUCUCGCGCUGCCUGCACCCCAUGUGCCCCGAGGAGUACCCCCAGCUGGAGGCGGCGGCGCUGGGGCUGUGCCACAAGUUCCUGGAGGAGCUGGCGCGGGUGGGCAGCGGCUGCGUCCUGGAUGCCUGCGCCGAGCAGCACAACCUCAGCCAGCAGCUGCUGCCCAAGCACUGUGCGGCCACCAUCAGCAGAGCCCGCGUCAAGAAAACCCCAAAGCAGCCGCCCCGCAAGGGGGACCCCCAAAGGGACAAACCGGGGACAGAGAGCCAGCGGCGCGACCGGACCCUGACCACCAACAUGGACAAGCUGCACCUGACCCUGGCCGAGCUGUCCCUGAGCCUCAACCACGUCCCCAACUUCACCGUCUUUGGGCACACGGUGACACCGGCCGAGUACCUGAGCAGCCACCUGGAGACGCGCCUGACCAGGGCCAUCGUGGCCAUGGCUGGCUACAGCCAGGCCACGCAGGAGGUGGCCCGUCCCUCGGAGGUGCUGGCCGGGCUGGUGGCCUACAUGGGGCUGGUGCAGCGGCUGGGACAGUUGGUGGCCCUGGACACGGGGCGGCUGCUGCGCGCUGUCCUGCUGCAGCAGAGCCACCCCCGCGAUGCCACCGGGCAGCCCACGCUGACCGCCAUCUACACCGACUGGUACCUGGAGGCGCUGCUGCGCCAGGCCAGCACGGGCGCCGUGCUGCUGUCCCCGGCCCUGCAGGCCUUCACCACGGUGCCCCGCGAGGAGCAGCCCCCGUUCAGCGCCGCCGAGUUCUCCGACAUCUCAGAGAUGCGGGCGCUGGCCGAGCUCAUCGGGCCCUACGGGAUGAGGUUCCUGAGCGAGAACCUGAUGUGGCACGUGGGCUCGCAGGUGACCGAGCUGAAGAAGCUGGUGGCUGAGAACAUGGACACGCUGGUGCAGCUGCGCUGCUGCAGGGCCGAGCAGAGGCCGGCGCUGCUGCCCCGCCUGAGCUCGGCCGAGAACGUCCUGAAGCGCAUGACCAUCAUCGGGGAGAUCCUGAGCUUCCGCGCCAUGGCCCAGCAGGGCCUCAGGGAGGUGUUCUCCCAGCACUGCCCCUUCCUGAUGGGCCCCAUCGAGUGCCUGGCGGACGUGGUGACCCCCGACACCGACAUCCAGGUCACCCUGAGCAUCUUCGAGCUGGCCUCGGCCGCGGGGGUCCCGUGCGAGGUGGACCCGGCGCUGGUCACUGCCCUGGCCGGCCACAGGACAGAGGGCUCGUCCCCCGAGGAGGAUUACAAGGUGUCCUGCCUGCUCCUGGUGUUCGUGGCCGUGUCCCUGCCCCUGCUGGCCGCUGACCCCGCGUCCCUCUACAACCCCGAGCUGGACGGCCACAACAACAACCUGCACUGCCUGGCCAAGGCCAUCGUGCAGCUCUCGGCCGCGCUCUUCACCGUGCACAGCAAGAACAUCGAGACGCACCUCAAGGAGUUCCUGCUGCUGGCCUCCAGCAGUCUCCUGCAGCUGGCCCAGGAGCCGGACAAGGCGCGGGCGCGGAACCAGGACUCGAUCGUGCUGCUGCUGCACCUGAUCGUGGCCGAAUCGUCCUUCCUGACGCUGGACAUGCUGGAGAGCUGCUUCCCCUACGUGCUGCUGCGCAACGCCUUCCGCCAGGUGUGCCGGGACCCCCCCGGCCGCGCCCCCCCGCACUGACCGCGACCCCCCAGGGACCCCCCGUA